GGCGGCGGGCGGGCGAUGAGGAAGGCGGCGGUGACGGCGGUCGCGGCGGCGGCGGCGGUGGGGGUGGCGCUGCUGGCGCGGCGCCAGAUGCGGGAGGCCAAGCGCUGGGGCCGCGCCGACGCCGUGCUGCGGGGCCUCGAGGAGCGCUCCGCGGCGCCGCCCGCCCGGCUGCGCCAGGUGGCCGACGCCAUGGCCGUCGAGAUGCACGCCGGCCUCGCCUCCGAGGGCGGCAGCAAGCUCGGGAUGAUCAUCAGCUACGUCGACUCCCUCCCCUCGGGGCAAGAGAAGGGGCUAUUUUAUGCACUUGACCUUGGAGGGACAAAUUUUCGCGUUUUACGUGUUCAAUUAGGAGGCAAGGAAGGGCGAGUUGUGAAGCAAGAAUGUGAUGAGAUCUCAAUCCCGGCACACUUAAUGACUGGGACCUCACAAGAACUAUUUGAUUUUAUUGCCGCUGCUUUAGCAAAAUUUGUUGCCUCAGAGGGUGAAGACUUUCAUCUUCUUGAGGGAAGGCAAAGAGAGCUUGGUUUCACUUUCUCUUUUCCAGUAAAGCAGUCUUCAAUUGCAUCCGGAACUCUUAUCAAGUGGACUAAGGGUUUUUCUAUUGAUGAAACGGUAGGCGCAGAUGUGGUGGCUGAAUUAAGCAGUGCUCUAGACCGUCAGGGGCUUGAUAUGAAAGUGACAGCAUUGGUAAAUGAUACUAUAGGAACAUUGGCUGGGGGCAGAUAUGAUGACAAUGAUGUCGUUGCUGCUGUUAUUCUGGGCACAGGUACCAAUGCAGCAUACGUGGAACGUGCCAAUGCAAUCCCUAAAUGGCAUGGCCUCCUUCCCAAGUCAGGAGAUAUGGUAAUAAAUAUGGAAUGGGGGAACUUCAGAUCGUCCCAUCUUCCUUUGACUGAAUUUGAUCAAGCAUUAGAUGCAGAAAGCCUGAAUCCUGGUGAACAGAUUUAUGAAAAGCUGAUCUCUGGUAUGUAUUUGGGGGAAAUUGUAAGAAGAGUCUUGUUAAAGAUGACUGAAGAAGCUUCUCUUUUUGGUGAUGAUAUACCACCAAAACUAAAGAUCCCAUUUAUUCUUAGGACGCCACAUAUGUCAAUGAUGCACCAUGACACGUCAGCUGAUCUCAGAACAGUUGGAGCCAAACUGAAAGAUGUCCUAGGGAUCCAGGGCACUUCACUUAAAACGAGACGGCUAGUUGUGGCCGUAUGCGACAUCGUUGCAAAGCGUGGGGCGCGCCUUGCUGCUGCAGGGAUACACGGGGUCCUCAAAAAGCUUGGACGGGACAUCCCCGGCAGCGACAAGCACAGGACGGUUAUUGCCAUGGACGGCGGGCUCUAUGAGCACUACACAAUCUUCAGCGAAACCCUGGAGAACACCCUGCGCGAGAUGCUAGGGGAGGAAGUAUCCUCCUCCGUUGUCAUCAAGCUCGCGAACGACGGGUCAGGUAUCGGGGCCGCUCUCCUCGCUGCAGCUCAUUCUCAGUACCUCGAGGCCGAGGUCUGAGGAGCCUAGCCUGGAUAUAGAUAUAGGUUGUUCCUCGGGAGCAGUGAUGCCUGAGUCGCGCCAGGGUCCUGUCUGUGUGUGUAGCUGGAGCAUCCAUGGAGAGCUGUGUCUCUUAGUAACUGGUAGCUCUGUAACUGUAUAAACGCAGGAAGACGAUUCUGUCGUCCAGCCAAAAAUUUCGGGUCUCCAGAAAUUUCAAACCAGUGAGACGCAUUUUGUGACCUCAAGUGGAUUGUUGCAACAUCUCAACUGAAUGGGAGUUAUGGCAAUAUGAAGAAGUGGCAUUACAAAUAUUAA